UGCCCUAAUCCCUUAUUUCCUCUCCCCUUCCCACGCUCCGCCGCCGCCACCGCGAUUCCUCGCAUUCGUCCCCACUCCCCAGCGGCACCGCAUCCGAGCCAGCGCGACCUCCUCCUCGAGCCAGUGGUCGCCCGCCCGCCCGCCGUCGCUACCUCCUCCUCGAGCCAGCGGCUGGCAUAGAUCCGGUUGUCGAUGUGGUUGCAGAUCACGGACGACGUCGGCCACCAGGUGGAUGAGGUCGAGGGAGGCCUGGCGGCGCUGAGCAACGAUGUCCAGGAUGCGUCAGAUGGUGCUCUCCGGGCCGGGAUCCUUCUCUCUCGCGCCUCGGUGUCGUCGACGGCAGCGUGAGGAGGCCACGGGGCACAGGAUGGAGCACGCAUGGGCUAGCGAGACCGCGAGGUCGUCUUAGGUCGUCGUCCCCGUCUCCCCCGAGCUGCCCCGUUGUCGCUUCUUCCUGUGAGCUCUGUUCUUUGACCCAACAACUAUUUGGGGUUUAGUCUGUGGCAAGUGUUCUGCUCCAAAUCACUCGAGAGAUUGGUGUCGAUCUGUAGGUAUGAUUGACUGAUUUAUGCCCUGGAUUGAGAGAGUAAUAUGUAAUUAGGUGCUUUCUUGGUCAUUUUUUCCUGGGGAUUUAACUGGCAUCCGUAGAUUUCUUGGAUUUGGGAUUGAUUUACUGCUUGAUUCGAAGCUCUGUUUCGUUAAUAUAAUGGCGAGAACUUGAACUCCAUCUAUUUAAGACAUUUUUUUUUGUUUCAGCUCUCUGGAUCAAAUUAAUCUGAGGGUCUCUUGAUUCCAAUUUUUUCAUCCAGGAUGCUGCUGCCAGUACAUGCGUUGCAGCUCUUCUUUUCCUUCUGGAUCUGGAUUUUAAUCCACAUGUCUGCCUUUUGUUAUUUUUAAUUAUUUUGUUCGAUUGAUUAGUCUCAUCAACCUUUACUCUACAAAUGAUGAUUUACAUGGUCAUUAUUCCAUCCAGAAGAAAUGCAUUGACUGUUUUACAUGGCAAACUUAUUGAAGGGUUGUGUUCUAUCUCGACCAAAUGUUCUCAAAUUAUUUUGCCUGCUGCUGCAUUAUAAUACUCACAAGCUAUUUUACUAUCAUCGAAUCCUCAUCCGGAUACCCAGCUGUGUUUUUGUUGUAUAGUGUCCAAUGGAUCUCUGAGCAACCCAGUUAUACUAGAACAAAAUGAAGAUACACAGCUUUGUUAUUAUUUCGUUAAAUACUUGCAGAUUCCAUAUUUCUUCACAAGCUUUCAUUUUCUUUACUAUAAUCUUACAGGCAGGACACAUGACUUCGAUCAUGGUUUAGCAUCAUCUGUCUUGGAAUCUUUGGAAUUCCUAAAGCUAAAUUGAUCAGGCACUCAGUGUCCUAUAUAUGCAGCAGAUGAAAUGAUUCAAAAACAUAAUAUACAAGUAUCCGUUGUUGAUUAGUCCAGUGAAUAUUGUCGUAGCCACACAGGUAACCAAAACUGCACAAAAAGCUGCACAACAAUUUCACUUGGUUUUAGUUUUCUUAUUGCUUUUGCUUAUAUAAGAGUUAGGGCAUAUUACAAAUAGUAAUUAUUAGCUUUAAAUCUUUUUUUUACCUAAUGAUUUAACUGGAGGAAAAGUUCAAGCUAGCUACUGCAGAUAAUCAGUUUUGCUUUAAUUAUCUUGAUCAGUCUGUAAGUGAUAACCUGUUUUGGUUAUGUUUAAUUCCUUCAUUAUUAACUUUGGUUGGAAGUUCAAGCGUUAAUUAAAGUUUCAUUGGUUGGUUCAUUCACAUUAUCAUGCCAUAUAAUCCUGUGACAAGGCAUAUAUUUCUAGAGGUUUGUCCAACAUAUCUAAAAUUCUGUAUGGGUGCCGUGUUGUUCAAGAGUUGUGUUCUUUUCUGCCUUAGUACCAACAGAGUUCCGCUUUAUGGUUCACUUCACAAAAUUUUCUCCGCAUGUUGUUUAUUUAUCUUAAACGAGCAGGAUGGAAUGCUUCAUAGGCUGCUUCAAGGAAUGGGAGGUAAAAAAUGUGACUAGCAAUCCUAUAGUUUUGGUUCUACAUAUAUGUAAUCGCUGUACAUAUACGCAGUUAACUUGCUGCUCACUGAUAUUUGUUUUUCUGGUCACUGAUGGAUGCUUAUAUUAUUUGUUUCUCACCGAUAUAUCUUUCACGUAUGAUAGUUCAUUUUAGACUAAUUUGUCAUUCAAAUUUUAUUUCAUACAGAUAGGCAAGUCCUCUAUUUUCCAGAUUAAUACGGGGGAGACAUCGAAAAGAUAUGCACCUCUUCCUUCUUUGUACAGCUGAAGUAAUGCCUUAUGAUAGCACACCAACCACAUGCAAUUUCUUCUAAUGAACACACAAUUGUUUAUACUUUGCUACAUACAGUGGACAGUUACACCUCAAAUCCCUCCUAGAAUAAAUCGAAUGAAACAGUUACAUACCAGUCUGUACUAUGACAUCAGUAUGGCCCUUUUGGUCUGUAUAGCUGUCAUUAUUGUAAACUAUGCACUAUGUGUACAUGUGCUUAAGAUUACUAGCUACCUAUUCAUGUUUUCAUGCUAUAUUAUGGUAUGACAUGUACAUUCAUUGUACAAAUACCACACUAAAACUUUUUUCCUUCCGUGUUCAGGUACAUCUUGAACGGCAGUUAAUUUCCAAACUGAAAUCAUGUUUCUUCAGGUUCAAAGAAAAAAAAAGCCAUGUUUCUGGAAAUUCACUUUAUUUGAUUAUCAACACCCUUUCACACUGUUAAAUUGUUUGACUCCUAUCAUGGAUAUAGUAUCAAUACAUGUACUCUAUUAUUGAACGUGUAUUACUGACACUGAAAGUUUCUAUUAUUUCACAAUUCCUAUUAUCUUCUUCGUUCUAAUGAUUUCCUAUUAUUCACCAUGCGAUUUUUAAAUUAUUGCACCAUGUAUUAUGCUAUUGAACUUAUUAAAUUACAUGUCCUUGCAGAAGAAGUUGACAUUGGCAUUGUGCAAGCUCUAUUGAUGCUAUCCAACCUCCACAUAAACAUUGUGCCUUCUUUUGGUAAUAUGGGCGCUUUAGGCAUAGACCUCUGUAGGGAUCUUCAUCCUGUAGUCAACGGUUAUGCAUUCUUCUAAUUGUUGUAUAUUACUCUUAGUCUGGUGGUAUAUAUGCAGAAAGAUAUUCAUACCCUUACCAUAACCCCAAAAAAUGUAAUUGUUAAGAUAAAUGAAAAUUUUUCAAGAUUUAUUGUGACUUAGAACUUCAAUUUUCACUUUAGUAAUGAUAUCUCACUUUCAUGGUACAAAUCUAUAUAUAAAGAUUUGUACUUUGGUAUAUCUUUUAGUCGGUGUAAUAUUUCUUUUGUUAUAACAAAUUUGUUUUGCGUGGUUUAUUGUAAAAUUAGUGAUGUAACAAAUAAUGUGCCCGCGCAACGCGCGGGCCGGGCAUCACCUAGUUAGGGCACCCACAAUGUUGUAAAAAACCAGGUAGUAAGCAUUAAAUGGUUGCUUACUACCUGGUAUUAGUCAUUGUGGGAGUAGUUCAUUCUUAAAGCCAGGAAGUAGCGCUGCUGCCGGCAAGAAGGGAAUAAAAAAUGAAAUGUGUACAGUGGAGUUCUGACAAAAAAUUUUAAAUUGCAAGUAGCCGUUGCUUCUUCCAACCGUUGCUCUCCUCCCCAGCCAACCGUUGCAUGGACUGUUCUUCUUGCCAUCUUCAUCUCCUACAAAAACAGAGAUGGCUCAUAAUUUCUUUGAAUCAACACAAACACAUUCUGUGAAACUUAGCUAGCUGAGAGCUUGAGAUGGAUCCCUCCAAGAGAGGUUUCAUGAACUUGUUAAACCAAGGCUCUCCAAGCCAACAAUCUAGCCAAAACUCCCCUCCUACUCAAUUCCCCUCAACUUUCUCCCAAUCACAAUUUCCCCAAUCCCCACAUUUUACCCAAGCCUCACCACCUAAUUUCCAAACCUUCAACCCUUUUGGUCCUCCAGCCAACUAUCACCUAUAUGGUAGUUCUCCUCCAAACUUUCAAGGUUUUCUGCAGCAAGCAAGCUGGUUACAAUCUGCACCAAUAAGCUUUCAAGGUUUUCGUCCCCAAGAAAGUUGGAUGCACUCACCAAAUCAAGUUGUCGGGUCCGCCUCAUCUCAUGGAUCCAAAUCAGCCUCUCAGUGCCCUGCAAGACAGGAAGAGAACAAUUUGGUUAACAUCGAAGAGUCAAGUGACAAUAGCCAAGAGACAGGGAGAAGAGGGACACACGUCAACUGGACCGAAGAAGAAAACUUACGACUCCUCAGCUCUUGGUUGAAUAACUCACUAGAUUCUAUAAAUGGCAAUGACAAGAAGGGAGAAUACUAUUGGAGGGAUGUUGCUGCAGAGUUCAAUGGUAAUGCAUCUAGCAAUAACCGCAAAAGGACAGUCGUGCAAUGCAAGACACAUUGGGGUGGUGUUAAGAAGGACAUUGCAAAAUUUUGUGGAGCUUAUUCUCGAGCUAGAAGAACCUGGAGCAGUGGAUUCUCUGAUGAUAUGAUCAUGGAGAAAGCCCAUGCAUUAUAUAAAUCAGAAAACAAUGAUAAAACUUUUACAUUAGAGUAUAUGUGGAGAGAAUUAAAGGAUCAACCAAAAUGGCGACGGAUACUUGAAGAGGACAGCAAGAACAAGAGGACUAAGAUUUCUGAAUCUGGUGCAUAUACAUCAUCAUCCAACCAAGAAACUGAGGAGGAGACCAGCCGAAAAGAGAAGCGUCCUGAAGGGCAGAAAAAAGCCAAAGCCAAGCUUAAAGGGAAAGGAAAAAAACCUGCACCGUCUCCUUUGGGGGACCAGCCAUCUCAAGAUUUUGUUCUCUUCAACGAAGCUGUAAAAUUGAGAGCAGAAGCAGUGCUGAAAUCUGCAGAAGCAACCACCAAAUCAGCGGAAGCAAAGAAGGAACAAACUAGGAUGGAGAAGUAUCAGACAUAUUUAAAGUUGUUGGACAAAGACACUGCCAAUUUUAGUGAUGCAAAACUCAAGAGGCAUGAAGCUGUCCUCGAAAAGCUAGCUACAGAACUUGCAGAAGAAUAGAAGAUCCCUAAGUUAUGUUUGUACCCCUAGUACUUAGUGUGUCACUGUUUCAUUAAGUUUAACUUGCUAGUAAUAUUUAGACUUGUGAUAGGUUUGUAGGGCAAGUAAUUGUUGUAUUGUGAACUCAGUGAAUGAUGAAUGUAAUAUUUCACUAGUGAGAAGGCA